ACAACAGUUCAUUCUGAAGACGCGCAGUAAAGCUCGGAUCUGAUAUUUUUUCUUCGUCUCUCUGGAUAUGCCUGAACAAGUCGUCUGAUAAUGUUGGCUAGAAAAGUACCUGGAUCGGGUGUACUGGGGUCAGCUGCAGGAAUGGACCGGGUCAGGAUUGGAGAGAGACUGCACGCAGCGCUGGCCGGACUGCAGGAGCUUCAUCUCCUCCGGGACAAACAAAGUACCAGGGUACACUGGGCUCUGAACCUGAACGGAGAAGAGUCCGACGUAUCCAGACAUGAAAAUGUGAGCACAGAAGAGCUGAGAUUAGAGGCAACACUUAAUCUACUCAAACAACAGCUGACCCGUCUGCGCAAACAAGAUGUGGGAUUGAAGAGUCACUUGCAGCAGCUGGAUCAACAAAUCAAUGAGUUGAAACUGGACGUAUGUAAGGCCUCCACUGAGCACCUAGAGAGUGACAGCAGACCCAGCUCAGGUUUCUAUGAUUUUAGUGAUGGUGGUUCAGGGUCACUGUCCAACUCUUGCACCUCCGUUUACAGUGAAAGUCUCUCCUCGUCUUCUCAAACCAACCUGCUUCCCUUUCUCUCCACUUCGUAUGCUUCGCGUGGCCGUAGUGGUUCUGGACAGACCGGUGUGUCCCGCUGUUGUUCUGCUGAUGAGAGCCCUGCCCAGCCUGACGUCCCACGACCACUAGGAGUGAAGCUGGGUAGCAGCUGCAUACGAAUGGGGCCGGCUAGUUCAGAAAGAGCCAGGCAAAGGCCUGUUUCCACUGGUGAUCUUGACCGGAUGAUCACACCUGGAAUUGGCUCCUUAAGAUCUACUGAUGUUAAGACCUCCACCCUUUGUGGUAGCCUCCACAAUCCUUCGGUAGACCUCAAAUACCAAAGUAACCUUGUGUCGAGCAGUGGGGCAGAGAUGUACUGUUACCCCAGCCCUCUCCACGCAGUGGCCUUACAAAGCCCCAUCUUCAGUCUUACGGGUGAUCAGGGAUGUCAGGUUGUGGCUGAGGCACAGGAUGGAAAGCUUGGGGUAGAACUUGAAGAGGUAACCCAGGACCCUAACCAAGGCUCCACAAACUCUAAGUCUGUGGUAUACAUCAACAAGUUACUGCAGCGAAGCUCCAGUAAGAUAAAUCUGUUAAGUGAAAUAAGAAGAAAUGAUGCCCAUAAUGCUAUUAAAAGUACUCUUGAGCAAAGACCCAGGUCUCAGGAAAUUACCCAUGGAUAUUCUCAACUGCUGGGGUCUCUUCAACAGCUAACAAUGCCCUUAGAAAAUACAAUGGACACUCAAAAGACAUCUACAGCACUAAACAGCAGUCGACAGCAGUUAAAUGAGUCCAAUUCAGAUCUAGUCAAGGUUCAACCAUUGCACAGUGACCCAAACCCAGCACCAACUAGAGAUCUUCACCAAAAUUGUAUUUCCCAAAGUAAUGCCACAGCCAAAGCAAGUGCUGAAUCUGACAAGGGUGGUGGACACUCAACGGAGUCAUCAUCUGUGGUCUCAAAGGUGUCAGUAGAAAGGAGAUCGAGUUUUACUCUCAGACGAGAGGAAGACAGGACUUUUGGCUCCUCACCUCAGUCAGAAGAGUUUGUCCGUGCAGAGUUUGUUCCUGCAGGGUCCCAAAGGGAGAAGGUGCGUCAGGCAGACAAGAAAACCAAAUCUGUGAAAUUAAGAAAAAAGAAUUCAGAGAAACCUUUAACAAAGAAACAGCAGCAAAAACACUUGUCUCGAGAAAGAGAGUUCUGCACCAAGACCCGAGCUGACGUGAAGCAGUCCAAUUCAUGCAAAGGUAAAGUUACUAAUCUGGAGGAGUCCCAAAUGUACUCAAGCUCGGACUGCAGUCGUAAUGGCCUGAGCAACUCGCAUUGCAUCCAAAAUAAGCCUCACUUCCAACAGAGCCAAACCUCCAAAGCUAACAAGUCUCAUAAAGUCCAUUACCCUGAACCGGUGCACAUUCCUCUAGACCACAACAGAAAGAAACAUAGUUCCCGAAAGUGGCCUUCAGCCUCUGAGAUCCAACUGACCUCGACCCUCAACACCCAAAGACCAAAAGAGAUGCCAAUCUCACGUAAAGCAGGCAUGAUAAGGAGUAUCAGUGCAAGGCCUCAUUCAGGUCAGUGGGGUGGUCCCCAACGAUCUCUCCGCCAUUCUCUCUCCACAUCUUCCUACCUCAGUUACUUGGAAUCUAGAUAUCCAGCUGCUCCAAACUCCGGUCGCUACCAUCCUCGCUGUGAAUCCGAGUUUUCUGAAUACUCUGCCGAAUGUGCAUCUCUCUUUCACUCCACUAUUGCGGCGAGCAGCGAUGGUGAGAUGAGCGACUACACCACGAAUCGUUUCGGAGACAGCGAGUCCAGUCAGGGCUCUCAGACGGCGACGGAUUCAGACAGCAGCCUCUCACUGGAUGAGGAGGACCUGUUGGAAGAAGAAGAGGAAAAUGAAGUCGGUCUGGUGUGGGCCCAGGCUGCCAUGGGACCCACGGCUGCAGGCUUUUCUUUACAGCAGCAACCCCAACGCUCCGAGCCCCCGGCCUGUCGCAUCAAAGCAUCCAGAGCACUGAAGAAGAAGAUCAGACGCUUUCAGCCGGCAUCACUUAAGGUUAUGACUCUAGUGUAGUGAAGACUUGGGACUCACACGGAGCCAGUUUUACUAAACUUGUAACCAAACGCAAUUCACUUUGCCCUUGUAUUUGUUAUCCAAGCAAUUUGGAGGCUUUCUUGAGUCACUGUAUCUACAAUGGAUCAGUGACUUUUUUGUGUUUCAUAGACUGACAUUGUUGAACAUCUGUAAGUCACAAGACUUGAGAGUCUUCAAGUUGUGUCUUUUAUUGAUGUGAUGAAACUGUACAAUGUAAAUAAAGUCUUUGUAUAUCUUUGUAUAUCUUUAAAAUAUCACAAAACUGCUUUACCAAAAAUGCUGUGUGAAUACAACAAAUGAAACCAACCAUUUUGAAUAACUCAAUACUUUACCUCAAUAAAAAUUUUGCUUUCCACAUUCAUUUCAGCUAUGCAUCUUACUUUUCUCUCAAAAUAAAUAUUUAA